UCGGAUCUACUCGUCACCCCUCCUCCGCCGCGCGCGCGCAAAAACACCCCGACAGAUCACGCCGCCAGCCGACGGCCGGGUCCUGGGAAGGCGCCCUGCCACAGGUAGCCGCGGCGGCCCCGCGCCUUCGCCGGCACGCUUGGAGGGAGAGCCGCGACGCGCGUCCACACCCGGAAUCGCGCGUGUCCCCCGCCCCCCGUUCCCCAAAAGGGUGCGGAAGCUUCUGGCUGAGGACCCCCGCCCCGCGCGCCCACUCCCGCCGCAUCGUGCCCACCCCCACCCCCGUGCUCUUCCUCGCAUCCCAGGAUGAAUCGUCCUCCUCGCGCGCUGGGGAGGCCGGCGGAGCGAGCGGCGGCGCAGGCAAGGAUCCGAUCUGCUCCCGGGUGGGCUCUUCUGCAAGGAGGAGAGCGCGCCGCCGCGAGGGUUUCGCCUGACCAACGGCGCCCAAGUGCUCGCAGGAACGGGCGCAGCGCCUGCUGAAUCGCCGAGGAGCUGAAAGGCCCUGAGGAAGUCCGGAACCGAACUGCAGGGCGGUCGGGACUUGCGCCGGCACCCGGGAAAGGGGCGGCUCCCUCCGGCUGCGACCCCGGGGAUACUUUUCAAGCGACUCAGUGGGUGCCCUUUGGGUUUUGGAGCGCCCUCUUUCCCAGGACGAGCGGGGAGGCUGGAUUUUGGAGAGAGCACGUGAAAAAGAAGACAUUUCUCUCCAUCGUCGCCCCCCACCCCGGGAUCCUGUGAGAAAUAAGACUUAUGGCGCUUCUGGACUUCGGGAUGAGAAGCGCCGGAUCCUAAAAGGAGCUCGUCGGGGCCUCUGUAAAGUAGCAGUUUGAAUCUGCCCCCCCCCUUCAGAAGCCUGAUGCUGCUACUGCCUGUCGCUUGGCUCUGCUGUGAAGGGAAUGCAGCUGUGCUCCAGGCACAGCUGGAGCCCCUCUGUGCCAGGAAAACACCCCCCUGGUAGUUGGAUUGUGUGAAAGUCUGGAUUUAGGGGGCGGAGAGGGGGCACCACCCUCUUUGGCCCAUCUGCUGGCCCAUCUGGGAAAACCUCUAUAAGGAUGCUGGCCGGAUGGAGAGAGCUGUCUACAGGGAUAAGUGCUACACUUUGUUGCCUCCUCUUCUUCUGGCUGCUGUAUUCUCAUCCACCCAAGGAAGGUUGGAAAGAGCAAGCAGAACCAGAAAGGCACAUAGGGAUUUGGACAGAAAGGCCUUUCAGGCACCCAAGACUCCUCGGAUUAUAUAAAAGCACCUGGGCUUUUGAAAGUGCGCAAGACCAGGAAUGCCUCCAUUGCAAAAGAGGAAAGGAGCUGGAGGUGGGGACGUGUGAAAUCACAGCAUUGGACAGAGAUAUGAGCCAUCCCAAGAGGAUGAUCGCCAGGCAGACAGCGCGGUGUGCUUGUCGGAGGGGUCAAGUGGCUGGAACAACGAAAGCAAAACCUGCAUGUGUGGAUGCCCAGAUCAUUGUCAACAAACAGUGGUGCGGAAUGGAGCCUUGCGAUGACGGGGAGCAGUGCACUUUGUUAAUAAACCGUUCAGGCUGGAGCUGCACUCGGCAACUGGGGCGAAUAAAAACAGUCACGGUCUCCUGACAGCCAUGGUGCACCUGCCCAUGAGAGCAGCUUCUCUACUUCCUGCACACUGAUGCAGCAGUUCAGCGAUCAAAUCAUCUUGGGGGAAAGGGAGCGACCCGCUUCUUCAACAUGGGUUCAUCCCCAUGAAUUGGGGCCCAUGCCAACUGUAUUUCCUCUUGUGCCUGAACAUGGAACACAAAGGCUACCAACAGAGUAUAUUGGGGUUGUACCUGUGAGAUUUCCUCCACUUUUUUUCUUUCCCUUUCUUCCCCAUAGCAAAUAUAACUAUUUCUGGCUUAUUUUGUGGGUUUCUAAAUAUGAAAUGCAGUUUUCCCUAGAUUUCUCCCCCCUCCCAAUGACAACAGAGGAUUUCUGCCACUUGGUACUCAAGAUUUCUACAGGCCUCUUGGAUUUGGGGAAUGGCUGCCUCCUUCAGACAUAUGGCUGUGACAGACUGAGGCAGUUGCUAAGAGUCUGGGAUGUUCUCCAGUUGCUGUGAAGAAAAUGUUCUCUUUUCCCCUGUGCCUCUUCCUUUCACUUGUUCGUUCUCUCCCCCUCCCUCCCCCAAAUCCAAUGGAGAUGAGGAGAUUGGGGGGGGGGGAUGGUACGCGUCAUGGCUGCCACUCCUGACUGUGGCCUUCUCUGCCUACAUAGGAGAGGAAGUUCACCAAAGGCAUGGGGCAUACUGUGAGAAAGAAAGAAAGAAAGAAAGAAAGAAAGAAAGAAAGAAAGAAAGAAAGAAAGAAAGAAAGAAAGGUCCUUGUGAAAUGGCAGGGUAAAUAACCUGGACAAAAAAAAAACAAAUGUGUGUAUUUAAUGAGCUUUCCUCUUCCUUUUGUGUUUACAGCUUCUUAUUUAUCUCCAUUUACUCAUGGCACCUACCCAAACAUUGCCCUUCACCACUUAAUGGGAGCAAGCUCAAAAUCUGAGCAGAAUUGAUUUAAUAUGAUUAGCUACAUGCCAUUGUUCAUGCAUUCUGACUGGAAAAAGAUAUUCAUUCAUGACUGGUUUUAGAAAAGCAUAAAACUCCCAUCCAAUUUUCCCCCUAGUUCAACCCAUUUGGACAGCCUUGGAAAUCUCUGAAGUGGUUGUUUUUUUGCCAGGCAUAUUGCAGCCCUGGGCCUUUGAAAGAGAUCCCUCUUCAAUGUUUGAACUUUUAACUGCAGCGCUUGCUUCUUCAAGCUAUGCUAUAUAGGAAUGAAAGCAUCCAGGUUGCAGUUUCUCCCAUGAUUGAUUUGGGCUCUAGUACUAAACUGGAAGUGGAAGAGAAACUACCACAAACCAAAGGUUGAGAUUAAGGCAGAGACCUUGUCCUAAUUGCUAGCCUGGGCUUUGCCAUCCACACCAGUCCUGGUCCACCCCAGCCUGCCCUUUGCACUAUCAACCAACAGCUAGGGGAUUGGUACAGCUAUUUGUGGUUUGCCAGUGUCAGGAAGAAUCCAAGUCACAGGGGAGAUAGAUGUGGUCCACCAUUCUCCAGAUGCUUGUAAUGCUAACCACAGCAAGACCCAGUCGCAUCCUAGGGUGAUUAUAGCUAAUGUUCCACUAUACACUCCAGUUCUAAUCAUGGCUUUGCCUCUUUUUUGUGGUGGUGGGGGGUGUAAUUUAAUACCUUGAGCCUGCAUGGUAAACCAUGGGCUCUCCUUUCCUUGACUUUGACAUAUCCCAGCAGUCGGGGUCAAUUAGCUCAAGUCUCACCAGGCAAAUGACAGCAAGUUGUUCCGGUUUGUGUGUUAACCCAGCCAGCUAAAUUCAGUCUUCACCUUGACUGGCAACAACUAGUAAAUGCAGAUGAUCAAAUACAUAGCUGUGGGGGAGGGUGAAUGGAAGGCUUAAUCAGAUGGACUGAGGUAAAAGAGAUGGGGUGGGUGAGUUGGCAAGACACAAGGCCAGAAGAAGACUUUCUGCAGAAAACAGGCCUAAGCAGGAAUAGGAAUUCUACCUAGGAACAACCAAUCAACACAUAAUAAGAGACAAUAAGGCCUGAUCAGUGGUUGAUACAGCAAGAAAACUAGAGCAGUUCAAAAUGCAGAGACUAACAAUACACAUCGAGAACCUGUGACCCUCAAGAUGUCGUUGGACUCCUGUCAGUCCCAGCCAGAAUAGACAAUGGUCAUGGAUGAUGGGAGUUGUAGUGCAGUAACACCUGGAGUGCCACAGGUUCCUCAUCCCUGAAUCAACACAUAUGCCCAGUUGGAGAAGAACAAGAGUCUCUUGCCGUUAGUUCAAGGCUGUCAUUAGUUUUUACCCAGAGACUCACUGUUGGUUUUCCUUUUUUCUGAAUGCACUAUCUGACCUGUUGAUUUCAAUUCUUCCCUUCGCCUAGAAGUGCAACAUGUUGAACUUCUUCAAUUCUACCAUCACCCUCUUCUGGUGACUUGACAAAACAUUUAAAACUUUCCAAGCCCCAUUGGUUGGCACUGAUCGACAAUUUGAGAAUUUCUCCCUCACCUGUAAAUAUCAAAGGUUGGGGGGUCUGCUCUCAUCCCAGCAUCCCUCCCCACCUUUUCUGGUCUCACUGUGAGUUGGACUCUUAUGUUGCAAGGGCCUUUUCCACUGUAAUAAAUUUCCAAAAUUUGUGAUGUCAAAAAAGAGAAAAAGGUAAGGAAAUAAAAUUCUAACUUUACUAGUCAA